AUGUCAACAUCGCCUCGCCGUAAUAGUAUUGCGGCUACUGAUGAUUUAUAUGAAAAGAAAAAAACAAGGAAACGUUCAUAUUCAUUGGGAGGGUCACACGCUGUGGAAGAAUUCAGAGAACGCGCCAAUCCGGGAAAAGGGAUUCUUAAACGAUAUUCUUCCUUUGGACUUGAUCCUGAUACCAAAGAUGAACGUACUUACAACGAUGAUUUUGAGGCACUGAAUAAUACCGUCAUUGGUAUCCCUAAUAGCAUAAUGUUUGCGUCCAAACAAAUGACUGCUCCACAGGAGAAGGAACCAGCAUCUCGUUCAAAAGGUCGAAGAAGUCGUGUAUCUUUUGCGAGCCAUGCUCGCGUAAGGUGGUAUCAAAAUGAAUCAGAUCGAUCGCGUUUCUCGUCCGACUCUCCUCCGUCUGCUACCAUAGCGCCGAGCGUCCCCGCCGAAGAACAAGGAAAUGCAGUUCCUAAAGAAUCAUCUGAAACUGGAAGCGAAUCAAAUAGCUCUGAAGCAACAACUGAACCUAUUUUGUCCAAUGCUCGCCAUAAUUCACCUCCUCCCGAUCUGCAAGAGAAUGAGACAAACAGUGAUAUGGAUGUCACGAAUUCACCUCCUUCUAUCAACCCUAUUUCUACUUUGCCAAACCCUUCUCCUAUCGCAACUAAUUAUCCAUAUGCCUCCCAAAUAGCUUCUUCUGAUGUGUCGGAAAGCCCUCCAAUAAAGUCAAGCAAGGCACGUAAUAGUGAAGAACAGGAAGCUGAAAUGAGCAUGGAUGUCACCAUGCGAUUUCACGAUGAUAACUCUUACAUUUCUGGCAUUGAGUCUCUUAAGGGUACCAGCUCAACCGAGCAAACUCCUUUCCGACAAUUUGAGCAUACUGAUGAUUUUCCGCUUUCUUACCAUCGUGCUUCUGAACCGAAGUCAAUUCCCUCGCUGGAUCGAGGGAUUGAGGAAGAACAAGACAUGAUGCUCACUCGAUCAAUUGAUAUACCACCUACUGCCCCCGAAGACUUCUCAAAUCAGAUGGACAUUAGCAUGGAGCUUACUUCCUCUCACAUAUCACCAAUUCGUCCAGCUCAUAAAGUAUCCGUAACUGGUACUCUUGGUGGUGCGCCUAGCAAAGAUAAUAAACCAUCCAUAGGUCCUCCAACUGCUAUGAAUAUCUCUGAUUCCCCUUCACAAAACCCGACUGAUAUGGAUCUUACAACAACAAUUCCAGAGAAACAGCUUUCACCUCCCCCUUCUUCUGAAGAGGAAGCUAUGGAUAUUACUCAAACUAUUCAUUCUGUUGCUUCACCUGUUCAUACCGUUCAUCAAAGCGAGACCCAGCCAGAUUUUCAAGAAUUAAGAAACAAUGAAUUUCUUGAUGCUGAAGAAGAUGAAAUGAAUGUAACGAACGCAUUUGACGGAGUUUCACCCUCAAAAAACCAGUUGAAUGAUAAUGAAGAACCUAUGGAUGUGACUGGUGUAAUUAGUCUUCCAUUUUCCCAAAUGAACGAAAAUAAUAAUUUACCAGAACACCAAGAGGAAACGGGGAUGGAUCUUACUUUACCAAUACAGAGGUUUCCUUCUCCCAAAGAUGCCCCUACAACUUAUGAAGAAACUCCUCCCCACAAGAAGUCAAAACUAUUGAAUGGUAACGUUCAUGUCAAAACGCCCAGUAGAUCUGAAAUUCAUUCCCCGAAAAAGAAAGCUGCCCUGUCAUCACCUUCGCCGAUUAGUAGGUUGGAUCGGAGUGCAACAAAAAGUUCUCGUCGUAAACAAAGGUUUAGUACAUCCACUAUGGAUAUGGAUACAAGGCGCAAACAACGAUUAUCAACGAUUCGAAAUGCUAGGAAAUCUAUAUCUACUUUGAAUGAUUUGGACUUUGUUUCGUUUUCGCCUACAUUAGAACAAAAUUCUGUAUCAAAUGCUUCACCCCGAAAAAAUGACUCAACUAAUAAUUGGCAUGAAAUCAUAAAGCCUGCAUCUGCAAGUCCUUUAAGGCGUGAGGUGCAACCUGCUUCUUCGUAUGCGUCUCCAGCACCAGAAUCUUCAUCUUCUGGUUAUUUUGCCAAUAGCAAAUUUCAAGAAAUGGAAAAAGAUUCCUUCAUAUCUCCAAUAGCAAUCAAAUUGCAACCAUUUACCUUAGAAGGAACACAGGAACUGGGUUCUUCAAUGGACGUAAAUAUUAUGAAUGAAGAAAGUGCCCUACAUGCUACUGAUUUGCCGGAUAUCGUAAAUGAAGCUGUACCUACCGGAGAAGAAAAGCAAAAGAUAGAAGCGGACCAGGAGACUUCUUCAUCCUCAUUUGACCCUGUUUUACCAGCUUUAACGUUGGACGAAUUUUUGGAUAUGACUGAAAUCGAGUUUUUGGAUAAUAUAACGAGUUCGAAAAGGCGUGAGACGAUUAUUUCAGGUCCACUUGAGAGUCCUCAAUUAACGACAGCUCAACUUCUGGAAUCUUACUAUUUGCAAUUUCCAAUACUCGAAUUGUACAGGUUUAGUUGUCAGAAAUUGGAAGAAUAUAUCAUCGAGGGAAAGGACUUUGUAGCAAAGAUGGCUGAAGAUGCUUAUAAGAAUAAUCCGUUGCUAUUUUACGAAUAUAGAAAAGCAUCCAGUGAGAUGAAAGCGUUAAUGAAUUCACAGUUUCGGAUAAUCAAAACUUUUUCGCGUUUACAAGCGCAAGGUUAUUGGUACGAAUGGCGGGAGGCUCUAAUGCAAGGAAUUAAGCAGGAACUUAAUGAGAACCAUUUGAAGCUUAGAAAAAACUUGAUACAGGUUUCGGAAACCUCAUCCAAACUUUUUCCAUUUUUUGAAGAGUUGCGUACGAGUCUGUCUACGGUAUCAACAAAGGUUGAAGCGUUGAGGAAGAGAAAGGAAUUGUUUGGACACUAUAACAAAGAAUUGGUUUUCCGAACUCAAAGUAAAUUUGAAGACUUGCAAAGGGAGCUAAAGCUGAAAAAGGAAAUACUGGUUGAAAGGCAAACUAAAAAGAAGAACUUAGAAAAAGAGAUGGACGAUCUAAGUAAUCGAUGCAAAGAUUUGGAAUUACGGUGUGAGGAAGAAAGGGAAUUUUAUAAUGCGAAUCAGGAUUUUGAAUAUGAUGAAAUUACAGAAUACCAGCAGCAAAUGUCAGAGUUACAGCGGAAACUUGGCUGGACCAUACUUUCUAUCCGACCUAAUCAAAUGAAACUAAUUUGGAAUCAUUCGUUGCAACCUUUUCAUGUUUUCGUUUUGCUUCAAGUGCACCAACAAGGACUAGAUCUGAACGUGAAAGCUGAAAUAGCAAAGCGACCUUGGACUGUGUCUGGUGUGUUUGAUAUUAUAGCUGAGAUAUUUCACAGCAACAAAAGUAAACUCAUAAAGAAAAACAUCAAGUUGUUAAAACCGGAAAUGGACAAGAUUGCUGCUUAUUGGAAUCAGUUACAGGAACUAUUGCUGGAUUUUGAACGGUUGAAAUUGUAUUGGCCUUAUGUGUCAUUUAAUCGGGAAAAACAGUGUAUCGUAAUUCGACUGGAGAUGUACCUUCACUCUAGAGCAUUGAAGCUUUUAAUAGAGUUUAGCAUUCCUGAAUCAGCUUUAAUGAAGCAAAACGGAGCAGUUUAUGUAUAUGAAGCAACGUCCGUAAGGGUUCAUUCCGUUUAUGAUGACGGUUUAAAUCAAGAACCGGAAAUUUUGAAAGUUCUUUUGGAAAAGCUACAUUCAGUGUCUAUAAAUGCAUAUUCUUUUGCAUGUUUUGAGGUUUUGAGCAUUUACCACUAG